AUGUCAGACGAACCAAAAUUGUUUCUCUUCGGAGACCAGACGUAUGAUAACCAGCCGUAUCGGAAGGAGCUGUUGCGGGACAGACAAAACCCAAUCUUGGAAAAUUUCCUUUCCAAGUCAUACGAUGUGAUACGCAAGGAGAUCUUUACGCUCCCUGUUGAGGUCAUAGAAAGCCUUCCCAGAUUUACUAGCCUGGAUGACCUUCUUUUGUGGAAGCAGGAUGGUCAACAAUGUAUACCCGUGGACAUGGCUAUGACAUGUUUGUACCAGAUCGGUACUUUUAUCAGCCAGUCCAGCUCUUGGGACUUCUACAGCAAGGGCUCAGGUGUCGUGGGCCUCUGCACAGGAGCCCUGGCCGCUGCUGCAGUUGUCUGCACUAGAAAUACACUCGAUCUCGUUCCAAUAGGAGUGGAUGCGGUUCUCGUAGCUUUCAGAACGGGCAUGCGUGUAGCUGACAUGGCACAACGUCUUGAUCCUUCUGAGUCUCUGAGCCAGAGCUGGUCCUUUGUCAUUCCCGGUUUGACAUCUGCAGAAGCGGUGCACAAGUAUUGUGAACAAACGGUAAGAAGACUGCCUCUGUCGUUCAAACCCUAUAUCAGCGCCUAUGCUCCUAAUGGAAUCACCGUGAGCGGCCCGCCUCGCUCGCUCAGUCUCCUGCAUAGCUCGCAGACCUUACAGACCCCCGGAGUCAAGAGUAUCCCCAUCUUCGGGCCGUAUCAUGCCCCGCAUUUAUAUUCUCAGGAUGACGUUGACGAGAUCAUCGGAACCGUUGGUCCUUUUAGCUCCAACUCUUACAAGAACGUCAUUCCAAUCUUUUCCAGCGGCGGCAGGUUGGAGAAUAUGGACUUCGGGGGGCUCUUGAACAUAGCAGUGGCUCAGAUUCUGUUGCAUCCAAUUCAGUGGAACAAUAUUAUCGAAAAACUGCAAAAUCACAUUUCAAGCGGCGACCCGAGAUCGUUCAGCAUUAUUCCAAUUGCAACAAGAUCCCACCAAUUAAUCUACUCUGCGCUCAAGCAGACACCGUUGCGUACGUUAUUGCCUUCCAUGACAGCGCAGAAUAAGUCGCCUGGUGAUGUGCCUGGAACUGGCGAAUAUGCCAGCCCAGGAAAACCGAAGCUGGCCAUUGUCGGAAUGUCCGGAAGAUUUCCCGGUGCCAAGGACAAUGACGCAUUCUGGAAGGUUCUUCAUGGAGGUCUCGAUAUGCACAAGAUUGUUCCACCCUCGCGCUGGGACGUCAAAUCGCACGUAGACCCUGAGGGCAAACGGAAGAAUACAAGCACUGUCCCGUUGGGGGCGUGGCUGGACGAUCCGGCAAGCUUUGAUGCGCGCUUUUUCAAUAUAUCCCCGCGAGAGGCGCCGCAGAUAGAUCCGGCCCAGAGGCUUGCUUUGAUGACCGCUUACGAAGCAGUGGAACAAGCCGGUAUCGUUCCUGAUGCUACCCCUUCAACGCGUCGCGAUCGUGUUGGUGUCUUUUACGGUGUGACAAGCCAGGAUUGGUUCGAGACAAACAGCGCCCAAAAUAUUGAUACGUACUUCAUUCCAGGUGGCAAUAUGGCUUUCAUCCCAGGCCGCAUCAACUACUUCUUCAAGUUCAGCGGCCCAAGUUAUGCAGUCAAUACGGCGUGUUCUUCCAGUCUCGCAGGCAUCCACCUUGCUUGUAACUCCCUUUGGCGAGGGGACAUCGAUACGGCUAUCGCUGGAGGAACGAACGUCUUGACUAACCCAGACAUGACGGCUGGUCUUGACAAGGGUCACUUCCUCUCCCGGACGGGUAAUUGUAAGACCUUUGACGACGAAGCUGAUGGAUAUUGCCGAGGCGAAGGAGUCGGGACUAUUAUUCUCAAACGCCUCGACGACGCCGUUGCCGAUGAGGACCCAAUUCUGGGCGUUAUCCUAGGCGCAUAUACUAAUCACUCAGCUGAAUCUGAGUCCAUCACUCGACCCCACGUCGGGGCUCAGAAGGAUAUCUUCCGAAAGAUUCUGAACCAGAGCGCGACUGAUCCUUAUAGCGUUGGCUACAUUGAGAUGCAUGGAACAGGCACCCAAGCAGGCGACGCUGGGGAGAUGUCUAGUGUUCUAGACAUCUUUGCGCCAAGUCUCACAGAUUUGCAGAAGGGUCGAAAUAAAACCGAAGCUCUCUUCUUGGGAUCCGCUAAGGCCAACAUAGGGCACGGCGAGGCAGCCUCUGGUAUGGCUAGUCUCAUCAAGGUGCUCUUGAUGCUGCAGAAAAAUAUGAUCGUUCCGCAUUGUGGCAUCAAGAAUAACAUAAACCGCAAGUUCCCCACUGAUAUGACUCAACGAAAUGUCCAUAUCGCCAGAGAGCCAACGUCUUGGGAAAGGAGCUCUGACGCCCUGAAGCCACGACGAGUUUUCGUGAACAACUUCAGCGCCGCUGGUGGUAAUUCAGCCCUGUUGCUUGAAGAUGCACCAUAUGAACAGGAGUCUGCUAGUGUCUCCCUGGAUUUUCGCAGCCACCAUGUUGUCGCUGUAUCGGCUAAGAAUGCUGUUUCGCUACAGGGCAAUCUCAGAUCGUUGCGCCACUAUUUGCAGCAGAACUCCAGUCUUGAUAUUGGUCAGCUCUCGUACACUACGACUGGACGCCGUAUUCAUCACCCGCAUCGCGUGAUGCUUACUGGGGUGACCACCCAAGACCUUUGCUCCCAAAUCGAAGAGGCGAUACAGAAACAGACAGGAGUAACAAGACCUAAGAGCACUCCUAAGAUCAUCUUUAUGUUCACUGGACAGGGUGCACAGUACCCCGGAAUGGGGAAAGAGCUCUACGAGUCCUUCUCGCUUUUCCGCACCGAGAUGCGUCGUCUGGACCGCAUUGUAGAGAGCCUAGGUUUCCAGUCUAUGCUACCAGUCAUCAAUUCCAUAGAGUCGGAUGUCGGUGCCUUUGACCCUGUCGCUGUCCAGCUGGCUAGCGUCUGCCUACAGGUUGCGCUGACGAAGCUAUGGGCUUCGUGGAACAUUACUCCAGCAGCCGUUGUGGGACAUAGCUUGGGUGAGUAUGCGGCACUGAACGCUGCUGGCGUCCUGUCUGAUGCUGAUAUGAUUUACCUUGUCGGUUCUCGUGCUACUAUGCUCCAGGAGAAAUGUACCCGCGACACUCACUCUAUGUUAGUGGUCAAGGCAUCGGUAAACGAGAUCGCACACGUGCUUAAAGGCGAGACGUACGAAACUGCUUGCAUCAACUCCCCGACCGAGACAGUACUGGCAGGAAUCAACGACGAUAUCUCUAGGAUCAAGAACACGCUCUCAACUGCUGGACUAAAGACAACAUUGCUGAAAGUCCCCUAUGCUUUCCACUCCUCUCAAGUAGAACCAAUUCUAGUCGAUUAUCAGCAGCUAGCGAAGGGUGUGACAUUCUAUCAAGCCAAGGUUGCAGUCAUCUGCCCCUUGGAUGGUAGCAUCGUUGAUGGCUUCGAUAAGUUUGGUCCCGAGUACCUAGCUCGGCAUACUCGCGAGCCUGUCAACAUGCACAAGGCACUUUUGGCAGCAAACAGUCACCAUAUCAUCGGUGAUCAAAGCACGGCGCUAGAGAUUGGACCGCAUCCGGCUAUCACUGGAAUGGUCAAAGCAGUUUUAAAUUCACAGAUAACAUGUCUGGCAUCGUUACAAAGGGGCCGACCAGCGUUCCAGCUACUGACCGCCAGCCUGAAGGCUCUUUACACUGCGGGAUCUAACAUCCGUUGGUCCGCGUACCAUGCUGACUUCAAAGCGUCUCACAAGGUCCUGGCGUUGCCGGCAUACAGCUGGGACCUCAAGCCUUACUGGAUUCAGUACGUCAACGACUGGUCGUUGCGCAAAGGAGACCCCCCAGCGCAAACUAGUAAAACCUCGCGAUUAGAGAGUACUACUAUUCACCGGGUUGUAAAAGAGACAUACGACUCUAAGGGUGCCUGUAUGAUCGUGGAAGCUGACGCCACGCGCAAGGACUUCCGCCCGUUGGUGGAGGGCCAUGAGGUUGACGGGGUUCCCCUCUGCACCCCGGCAGUAUAUGCGGAUAUCGCUCUGAGUCUGGGCACUCACUUGCUUGAAUGCUACCACCCAAACAAGAAGCCCGAUACCAUUCUUAAUAUCUCAGACAUGACCAUCGUAAAGGCUCUCAUCCUCCGAGCUGAUGGUCCAGAACAGAUCCUACAGGUUCAUGCGGAUGCUGACUGGGCGUCGAACGUGGCAAUCGUCAAGUUCAUGACGUUUGAUAAGCAGCAAAAGCUCCAGGAACACUCGCGCUGCAAUGUUCAAUUCACCGACCGGAGCCUGCAAAAUAAGCUUCAGAAAGAGAUGGUUGAGAUUAAACAGAAGCAGCAGAUCUUGCGCGAGGGUAUUAGCACAGGUGAAACAGCUCGUUUCAACCGCGCCAUGGUUUACAGAGCCAUCAGACCGCUGGCACGAUUCCACGACGACUAUCGGGCUGUGGACGAGAUCGUACUGAACAGCAAGACACUGGAAUCCUCGAGCCGUCUUAGCUUUGGCGGCUUCCACAAAGAAGGCAAUUUCCAUACCCAUCCCGGCCUUCUCGAUGCGCUGACGUGGUCUUCCGGGUUCACAAUGAAUUGUAACGACAACAAUGAUCUCGACAAGGAGGUCUUUGUAAACCACGGGUGGGGUUCGUUCCGAAUGUUCGAAGCCUUGGACCUCUCCAAGAUUUACACUACCUACUCUCGCAUGGUCGAGGGGAAAGAUCACCUCUGGCACGGUGAAAUAGUGAUUAUGGAAAAUGACCGAGUCGUCGCUCACUUUGGACAAUUCGCGAUGCAAGGAGUGCCACGGCGAGUCUUGAGAAUCAUUCUGUCGACAGAGAGCCGCCAGAACGCGAAGAAGCCACAUCAACAACAGCCACAGCCGGCAGAGAAGACGGAGGUUCCGGCACUGGCGCUGUCGAAAGCAUUGGGGAACGCAAGCCAGCAUCACGCUGAGUCCAAGACAAAACCUUCAGACUCGAUUGGUUUUGACCAAGCUAUCUCCAUCAUCGCAGAAGAGAGCGGCCUUGCUGUCGCAGACUUUACAGACGAUACCAUCUUUGGCGAUGCAGGGGUUGAUUCACUUCUCGGUCUGACGAUUUCGGCUCGCUUCAAAGAAGAUCUCGACAUGGACCUCGACAUUAACGCGCUCUUCUACGAGUAUCCUACUGUUGGUGAUCUUAAGAAUUUCUUGGCAGUAGGUAACUCCAAAACUGCCGAGACAUCUAACGGAACAAGCGAAACAGAAUCGAUUCCGCCAAGCUUGAACGGGAGUAGCGAUGCAACGGGAGCUACGACCCCCAUUACCAGAGUGGAUACUCCGGGUCCAGUCACUAAUGUUGACUAUAAGCACGCUCUCCACAUCAUCUCGGAAGAAAGUGGCAUCUCAGUAGAUGAAUUGACGGAUGACACAAACUUCGGCGAUGCCGGAGUGGAUUCGCUCCUCUCGCUUGUCAUUGUGAGUCGUUUCCGAGACGAGCUGGAGCUCGAUAUCCAGCACGAAAGUCUCUUUCUCGAAUGCCCGACCGUGGCCGACUUGAAGAAAAUGCUGGUAGGAGCAGCCCCAGAACCAGUGCAGACUAUAUCUGAAAUUCCAACAGUGAACGGUACUAAGCGGCAAGAGACCGAAAAGUCGGCAACGAAGGUGGAGGCGAAACCAGCGCUACAGUUGUCAGAGAACGAGAUGGCCGAUCUGGUGGCCCGAAAACGGGCAAUUGAUGAGUAUGUCGAAAAAUACACUGCGGGCUUUUCUGCACCCGUUCUUUCUUCACGCGAUUCAGCUGCGAGCGACAACGACAAGGUUGUUCUAGUGACAGGUGCAACAGGGAGCUUGGGGGGCCACCUUGCCUUCAAAAUGGCUCAUCUCUCUGACGUGAAGAUGGUGAUUUGUCUCAACCGCGAACAUCGAGUCGAGGCUUUCGAACGGCAGAAGAGAGCCAUGAAAGACAAGGGCGUUCAUUUUCCUGAUCAUCUGCUUUCAAAAUUGAAAGUACUCCAGGCCGACACCUCCCAGGCUAAGCUGGGCCUUUCAAAUGACGAGUACGAAAGGCUUGUAGCCUCUGUCACUCACAUCAUCCAUCAGGCAUGGCCCAUGAGUGUGAAGCGACCUCUGUCUGGAUUUGAACCACAGUUUGGUGUUAUGCGAAACCUGAUUGAUAUGGCUUGCCUUGUUACAGCGCAACGCCCCCGAGGCUUCCGGUUCGGUUUCCAACUGAUAUCGUCUAUCAGUGUGGUCGGGAACUACGGCCACGGCACGUAUGAUGAGGGCAUGAAAGUACUGGUGCCUGAGGAAAGGGUCAACAUCGAUGCCCUUCUUCCAGUGGGCUAUGCGGAAGCCAAGUGGGGUUGCGAGCGCAUGCUCGACGAGACCCUGCACAAACACUCGAACCUCUUUCGUCCCAUGACGGUGCGUCUGGGCCAAAUCGCCGGGUCCAGCGUAAGCGGAUACUGGAAUCCAAUGGAGCAUUUCGGGUUUAUGAUCAAGUCGUCUCAGACGCUGAAUGCGCUGCCGGACGUCGACGGCACUGCCUACUGGACCCCCGUCAACGAGAUUGCCGGCACCCUAUGUGACUUGGUCCUCUCGAGCCGUGAUCCUCAACCCGUCUAUCACAUCGAAAACCCUGUAGGUCAGUCGUGGCAGGAGAUCAACGCCAUCUUGGCCGACGCGCUGAACAUUCCUAAAUCUAAUAUGAUUCCUUUGAGGGAGUGGACAGAGCGGGUGAAAGCUGCGCCGGUACGCGAUAACCCGGCUUCAGCGUUGGCGGAUUUCUUGGAGAGCAAUUACAAGCGCAUGUCAUGCGGAGGGCUAGUCCUAGAUGCCCAAAAAGCGCUCCAGGACUCGCCAACCUUGGCUGCAGUCGGGCCCGUGAGCACAGAAGUCAUCAGGAAGUACAUAACUGUUUGGAAAACAAUUGGCUUCUUGAAAAACUAG